GGCAACAACUUCUUAAUUGCCAAAAUGAAUACAAUGCUAUUAAAGAGAGAGAAUACGAAAUUCAGUUCAGGAUGGAAUGUUUGCAAGAAGAAAAAAGGCUUCUGGAAAAAGAAUAUGAAAGAAUCCCAAAACAAAAGGAAGCAGAUAAGAAAAUUAAGCAGUUGAAAGAAAAUUGUGAUGAGCUCUGCAAAGAAGUAAUCCAAAGGAAAGCAGAAAUUAAUGCAAUAAAGGAAGAUGUUUCAUCCAAGCAAAAGCUGGAGUUAAUAGAUAAGAAGGAGAUGGAAAAACUUCUGGAGAAGCAGGCUAAUUUAAAAGUAACACAAAAUUAAUUGUGUGAUGAGCUAGUUAAGAUCCUUGCUGUUCCAGCACAACUUGGAAAAGAAAUUGAGAAGAUGAAUUGGAAAAAAAUCGAUGCAGAAAAGAAGAAAGAAGCCCUUAAUGACCAAAUAGAAGAGUUGAAUGGUACCCUGAAAGCCAUUGGAAAAAGGACUGAAGAGAUUUUGCAAGAAAGAGAAGAUGUAAUGAAGGAAUUGGAGGGGAAACAAAUUCUGCUAGAAAGCAAAGAACGAGAAUGCAUUAAUUUGACAAAAUUACUAGAAAUUAGCAGAGAGAAGGAAUCGGGGGUCCUAUCAGACAGAGAAGCUCUGGAAGAUAAUUUAAAUAAAAGUGUCUUGGAGAAAAAAAAGCAACAUGAUAUUCUCAUUCAUCAGCAAACACAGAAAGACAGAGCACUGAGAAAUUUAAAAAAGAUGGAGUUACAACUGAAGAUGAUUUAUGAUUCCUUGGAACAAGAUAAGUCAAAGCAUAACAGACUCAAAUUAGAGGCAGAAGCCGUCCCUAAAAGUAACGGAGUACUAUUAGAAAGACGAGGAGUCCUGCAGAAGGAAAUUGAAAUGACCAAGAGACGUUUAGCUGAACAGGAAAUGGUGUCAGAUAUGGAUGCCCACAUGUUAGAAGAAUGUAUUGCUGAAGAAGGCCGGCUUUUCAAACAGCAGGAAAAAUGCAGAGAUGAGUUAUCCAGACUUGCACAUCUGACUUGGCUCAAAGUUGAAGAGAGGGAACAGAAAUCUAGGGAUGUUCAGAAAGCCCAGAUACAACUCCAAAAUAUUACUAAAGAAAUAAAAAGAAAGGAUCUUGAAAUAAGAGUGUAUAAGAAGAGGAAGAGAGAAAUCCAAAAACAACUCCAAGGAUUUGGUAAACUGUAUGAUGUUAUCCAAAUUGAAAGGAAUAAAUGUAUAAAUUUGGUGCAUGCUGCUCAGCAGAAAGCAAGUGAAAUUAAAAACCGGGUAAAAUUGCUAGGAAACGAAAGAGAAAAUUUAAGGAAUACUGUUAUAACCAAGGAAAGAAAAUUGCAGAGACAACAUCUGAAGAAUGCAAAUAAUGUAGCAAUUACAGAGAGUCUGAAAAGUGAUUAUUGCAAAAUGGUGCAAAUCGUGCAUGAGAUGAAAGAAAAGAAACAGCAACAGUGCCUGAGUCUUGAGAGGCUUACCAACACGGUCGCCCGCAUUGAGGAGGAAGUGGUGCAGCUACACAAAAAAUAUGAAAGGGCUCUUCAGCAACAAAAUGAGAGUGGUCUUCUGCUCAGAAAUCGAGAAGAAGAACUAUGCAUUUUAUAUGAAAAAAUAAACAUGCAAGAGAUGUUGUGUAGAAAUGGAGAUAUUGAGAUGCAAGUUAUGGAUGAAAAGGUCAGAUUUCUGAAGCUGAAGGUAGCUGAGAAGAAGAGACAGAUUAAACUGUGGCUCAAAGCACUCCCAGUGAAGAACGCCCUGGAUGCACAUCUGGUGGUACUUCAGAUACAGUAUUCCCAGUGCAAGGACAGGAUUAAACGGAUGGAAGAAAUCUUUGCUGACCCCGCAAAUGAGAGUAGAAAGCGAGAGCUGGGAGGGAAGGACCCAUCUCCACCUGAGCUGCUAAAAAAGAUUGAGCAGCUAGAGGUGUUGCUGGUGCAGAAGGAGGAGAAGUUGCUGGAGACUGACCUUCUCCACGAGCAUGUUUCCCGGCUGACGGACAGAAUCCGUGCCACGGCAGAGGACGGGAAGCAGGACACGCUGCUGUUAGCUAAAAGGACAAACGAACUGCAGAAGAUGGUAAAGCACAGAACCCAGCAGAUGAUGGCUCUUGUUGCAGAGCUCUCCAUGAAGCAAGCACUUGCCAUUAAACUCCAGCAGGAAAUGAGGAACAAAGAACAUUUUUUGAUGACCGUUUCAUCAAGGAUCGAUCAAGGCCUUCCCCCUCCCAAAGAAACAGAAAAUGAAUGGUUGAAGAUCUUGCGCAACGAGAAGCUGCAAAAAGAAGCAGCUGAAGCCAGAGCUAAACGUGCCGCAGAAGAGGAAUUGGCUUCAGCGCCCGGCUGCGUCCACACAACCGCUGAGCAACGCCCAACCGCCUACAUCCCAGGCGAUGAAUACAGUCUCCCACUGCCGCGGCCCUACGGCGCUCUGGCUCCUUUCAAACCAAGCGAACCUGGUUCAAAUAUGAGACACUUCAGGAAACCUCUUGUAAAGCCAAUUGAAAUCUGAACAGACAGCACCUAAAGCAGGAGAGGCCGUUACCAGUUGCUGAAUCUCAAGGGUCAAUAGCAUUCGCACUGCACGGAAGGAA